CAACAAAUUGCGUAAAUUACAACUUCUAAGUAUUCAGUGUAACAACUCAACUCAUUUUAAUGUAAUAUUUGUUAUCAUCUGCAUAAACUUUGUCAAUUAUGUCAUUUGUUUUUGGAAUUUGUUUAGCUUUAAUUGGAUUGACGUAUGCAGAAGUCCGUAUAACAAACCAAAAGGAAUUAAUGGAUGUAGGAUUUAACAGUGCCUUAAAUUGCAUAUCACAAUUAGAUAUAAAUAUUGACACUUGCAGCGAAUUGUUGGACGAUACAUUUAAUAGUAGUGAUAUUAAAUAUGACAGAUGUAAAUGUUUUAUACCAUGCGUAUCUAAAUUAAUCGGAACGAUGGACGUCAGUGAAGGUAAGUGGGAUGAAAAACGAUAUAAAGAAAUUACGGCGUUGAUCGAAAUACCGGAGUGGAAACAAGAGGCAGAAGUUAUUGGAAAAUAUUGCAAAGAUAAUAUUAACACACAUUGUUCAGCAGGUUUUCGUUUAAUUCAGUGUGCGUUAAAACAUUCUACAAUGCUUCAAAAUAUUGCAAAGAAUUAUAUGAUUCAAAAACAAGCAGAAAUCGAAGCUAUAAACUCUGCAACUUUCAAUGACACAGAAGAUGAUUAAAAUAAUCAACUAAUCCAUUUACUAUAACCGAGUCACAUAAAAUGGAUUGUCGGUGUACUUAUAUUAUUAUUAAUAUGCACAUAUACACACAUUAUUUAUUGUAAUUGUUUUCAGUAAA